GGACAGUAAAAGCAACGAGAGGCAAGGCUGUAAGGGGCUAUGACAGAGUGACAGUAGGCUGUAAGCAGGAGUGCUCAUGAGCUUGGGUUGGCAUGGAUACCAUCUUAGUCUUCAGCCUAAUGAUUGCAUCCUAUGAUUCCAACAAGAACGACCUCAGAAAGAGCAGCUGCCAAGUGGAACAGUGGCCCAGCUUCUUCUCAGAGGAUGUGAGGAGCAACAAGGAUUUGGUAGUAAGAGUUCCUCUAGAAAUUCACACAGAUACCAAAGGGACCCCAUUCAUCCAAAAUCAGCCGAUAGCUACCCUGCGGUGUCUUGGCUCUGGAAGGAGAGUGACAGUCCACCUUGUAUAUUCAGAGAGAAGGCCAAAGGUCAAGUACAUUAUGAAGAACCUGCCAGUCAUUACUGAUCUUCCUAGAAACAGCACUGCUUCCCCAAGAUGUCACCUCAGAGCCACAUCUCAGUUUCAGAAUGGAUCCCUUCUAACAGCUUUUUUACCAGGGAUCUCACAAUGCACGGUCUACUCAGCUAAGGACAGAUCUGCUUCAUCAGAGAUGGUGCCCAUCACUACCUCUUCCACAACUCCUAGAAGUAAAGGAGAUGAAGCCACAAGCACUGGGGCUUUUCCCAACCCUUUAACACAAGGCAUAGACAUGUCCUUAAAGAGGAGGCAGAAAUGGAGUCUUGUAGUCAAAGCUCUGAUUGCUGUUACUCUGCUGCUUGGUGGGGCGGCUAUUAUAGUGUUUGUCAUCUUUGAAGUCCCGUGCCCGAGUCAAUGCCUACGAGUCAGACAGCUGUGCCAAUGCCAAUGGUUAUGGAGAAGGAAAAGGAAGGAAGAAGACCAGAAACCUGGGACAACUGAGUCCCAGUUGGACUCUCAGCCUGAGAAGGUGAAACACAAUGUUCCUAACUCUUCAGACUCAAAGAAAACGACAGACAUCGCUAUAAUCUACCAGACAUACUUCUGAGCUGUGCUUCACCUGACUCUGAACACAAGCACUGUCUUCUAGACCACCAUCUCCUCAGUGUGAGUCAAUACGGGAUGACGCUUGAAGCUCUCACACUUAAAUCUUCACGGGGACAUUGUAAUCCAACGGUAUGCCAGGACAGGUAAAGGCGAAGCCUGGGGUGAGCAGAGCUACAUCCAUGCCUCUGCAACUGGCACGGCCAUGUGCCUCUGCAAUUCACUUUGCACAUUCAUAAACAUUCAUAAACCUUUCCAUCCCAGAAAA